AUUAGGAUUGUUUUUAUUUUCAUAGGAUGGAAGAUUUCCGAAAAAUAUCAAGCACAUGUCCGGCGUGCAGUGGCUUAAGCUGGACCGGACCGGAAUUGACGAAAUACCGGAAGAGAUGGGAAAACUGAUGAAGUUGGAACACCUCUCGAUGAAAAAUAAUGAAUUGGAGAAACUAUUCGGGGAACUAACAGAGCUAAACUGUUUGCGGUCGCUGAAUAUGCGAAGAAAUAACAUCAAAAGCUCCGGAAUUCCGAACGAAUUGUUCGACUUGGAAGAACUAACGACGUUGGAUCUAUCGCACAAUAAGCUAAAAGAAGUACCGGAAGGGCUUGAAAAAGCCAAGAGUCUAUUGGUUCUUAAUUUAAGUAACAAUCAGAUCGAAACUAUCCCUCCCUCGUUAUUUAUCAACUUGACAGACCUUCUUUUCCUGGAUCUUUCAUGCAAUAAGUUGGAGACACUUCCUCCGCAGACGCGACGGCUUUCAAACCUUCAAACCUUGAUUCUGAACGAUAAUCCACUGGAGCUAUUUCAACUCCGACAGUUGCCCUCGCUACAAAAUCUUGUCUGUCUACAAAUGCGCAAUACACAGCGUACUCUAAACAACUUUCCCACAUCGUUGGACAGUUUGUCAAAUCUCCAAGAACUGGAUCUCUCUCAAAACGCACUUCCCAAGCUUCCGGACGCCCUCUACAAUCUAGCCAACCUCAAGAGACUAAACCUGAACGACAACAUUAUCCAAGACAUUUCGCCUCUCAUAGAGAAUCUAUCCAAGCUAGAGACCCUUAAUCUAUCGCGCAAUAAGUUGGUCAUUCUGCCGGCCACGCUAUGCAAACUCCAAUACCUUCGACGUCUGUACGUUAACGAUAAUCAGUUGAACUUUGAAGGUAUUCCGUCGAGCAUAGGGAAACUUGGUGCAUUGGAAGUCUUUUCUGCCUCUAACAAUCAACUGGAGAUGGUUCCCGAAGGACUUUGCCGAUGUGGCUCACUAAAGAAGCUGAAUCUAAGCUCGAAUAAGCUAAUCACGCUACCGGAAUCGAUCCACCUGUUGACGGACAUGGAGCAGCUGGAUUUGAGGAACAAUCCCGAUCUUGUGAUGCCGCCGAAACCGGUGGAAGUUCAACGCGGUGAUGGUCUAGCGUUUUACAACAUUGAUUUCUCGCUGCAAACGCAGCUGAGGUUAGCGGGUGCGAAUGUUCCCGCACAAGCUCAAGUCGCGAACAGCAGUAAGGAUCCGAUAGCUCGGAAGCUGCGACUCAGGCGGGGAGCUAGAACCGACUCUACGGAGCAGGAUUCGGCGAAAAUUCUCAAGGGUAUGCAGGACAUUGCCAAAGAGAAAAACUCGCUCGGAUUUGAUGACGAGAAGGUGGAAAAUUUGAAACCUAAACGAUGGGACGAAAGUUUGGAGAAACCCCCGGUGGAUUACUCGGAAAUUUUCGAGGAAGAAGACGGGCAAUACGUAGGCCUAACUAUCUGGGAAAUUGAAAACUUUUUGCCGAAUAAGAUCGAAGAACCAGCGCACGGAAAGUUUUACGAAGGUGAUUGCUACAUUGUUUUGAAGACGUCGCACGAUGAUGCUGGGCAGUUAACCUGGGAGAUAUUCUUCUGGAUUGGCACUAAAGCAACACUAGAUAAAAGGGCUUGCGCAGCGAUACAUGCAGUCAAUUUGAGGAACUAUCUGGGGGCGCGAUGUCGAACUAUUCGGGAGGAGCAAGCCGAUGAAUCGGAUGAGUUCUUGGCUCUGUUCGACACUGAGGUGACGUAUAUCGAAGGGGGUCGAACCCCUACCGGCUUUUACACGAUUGAAAACUUGGUCUACAUCGUGCGGCUGUACAGGGUUCAUGAUGCAGGUGCAAAUAUUCAUUUGGAGCCCGUGGAGGUCACCUACGAAUGCUUGGAUCCGGGUUACGUGUUUCUUCUGGACACAGGAUUGCAGAUCUUUGUCUGGUACGGAUGUAAAUCCAAAAAUACACUGAAGUCUAAAGCCCGUUUAAUUGCCGAGAAAAUUAAUAAGAACGAGCGCAAAAAUAAGGCAGAAAUCUACCAGGAAUAUCAAGGUAGCGAAGGAGUGGAAUUCUGGAAAGCCUUCGGAUUCUCCGAUGGGCAAGCACCAGAUGAGAAGCCAUCAAGUCACGUGGACCCAGAUUUUAUACCCAUUCCUCCAAGGCUUUAUCAAAUUCAGCUGGGGAUGGGCUACCUCGAGUUACCCCAGGUUGAAAUUCCAAACAAGACACUGCAUCACACGAUUUUAAACAGCAAAAAUGUCUACAUCUUGGACUGCUAUUUGGACCUGUUCGUUUGGUUCGGUAAGAAAUCCACUCGUUUGGUUCGGGCAGCUGCGAUCAAGCUCUCGCAGGAAUUGUUCAACAUGAUCGAGCGUCCGGAAUAUGCUCUGAUUACCCGUGUCCAAGAGGGCACCGAAACACAAGUCUACCGAUCGAAGUUUACCGGCUGGGAGGAGAUCAUCGCUGUGGACUUCACCCGAACGGCACAAUCCGUUGCCCGAACUGGGGCCGAUCUCACAGGGUGGGCUAAAAAGCAGGAGACCAAAGCGGAUCUGGCUGCACUGUUUAUGCCAAGACAACCGGCAAUGACGCUGAUCGAGGCCCAACAGCUUGCUGACGACUGGAACUAUGAUUUAGAUGUUAUGGAAUCGUUUGUAUUGGAGGGCAAAAAAUUCGUCCGUUUACCGGAGGAAGAGCUUGGAAUCUUCCACACUGGAGAGUGUUAUGUGUUUCUUUGUCGGUACUGCUUGCCGGUAGAUGACGACGAAGAUGAAGAGACCACAGAUGCUGUGGAUAACGUAGGCAAUGGAAAACUGAAGCCCUCAUCUACGCAACCACCAGCGGAGGAGAUUCAGUGUGUGGUUUACUUCUGGCAGGGGCGUGAAGCCGGCAAUAUGGGAUGGCUAACGUUCACGUUCACGCUGCAGAAAAAGUUUAAAUCCAUGUUCGGCGAGGAGCUGGAGGUAGUACGGAUCCAUCAGCAGCAGGAGAACCUCAAAUUCAUGUCGCACUUCAAGGGUAAGUUUGUGAUCAAAAAUGGACGCCGAAAGGAGAAGCAGAAGACACCGGAAGGAAAGCAGCCCGUCGAAUUUUAUCACCUGCGGUCCAAUGGUAGUGCGCUUUGCACCCGUCUGAUUCAGGUCAAGACCGAGGCAACGUUACUAAACUCAGCGUUCUGCUACAUACUGUUUGUGCCGUUCGAAACGGAUGAUGACUCCGAAUCGGGAAUAGUAUACGUGUGGAUCGGAUCAAAAACCACUAAUGAGGAGUCCCGUUUGAUCCAGGAGAUUGCGGAAGAUAUGUUUAACAAUCCUUGGGUUAGCUUGCAGAUUCUUCACGAAGGCGAAGAACCGGAGAACUUCUUCUGGGUUGCACUGGGCGGCCGAAAACCGUACGAUACCGAUGCCGAGUACAUGAACUAUACGCGGCUGUUCCGUUGUUCGAACGAAAAAGGUUACUUCACCGUGGCAGAGAAGUGCUCCGACUUCUGCCAGGACGAUCUCGCCGAUGACGACAUCAUGAUUCUGGACAACGGUGAUCAGGUGUUCCUCUGGCUGGGAUCACGCUGCAGCGAGGUGGAAAUCAAGCUGGCCUACAAAUCCGCACAGGUUUACAUCCAACACAUGCGCAUCAAACAACCGGAACGUCCUCGAAAGCUUUUCCUCACGUUGAAGAACAAGGAAUCGAAACGGUUUACCAAGUGCUUCCACGGAUGGAGUGCGCACAAACGACCCCCUGAGUAACUGCAGCGUGGGAUGAAUGAAACAAAACGUGAAUUACCACAAGACAAAAACGCACCAAGAAAUGCGAAGACGGGACGUCGACAGGAUGUGAAAUCAUCAAGAGUGUCUGAGCAAUACCCAAGAAUGUACUUAAUUUUUCGAAAUUAUAUUUAUUUAAACAUGUUAUUCGUGUUUUGCAACCGAAUUCAACUUCUCGGUCAGCAGCUACUGGUUAGAUUGUUUACCAAGUUUUAUUCAUUCACGGUUGUGUCAUGCGCGUUAAUAAAAUUCAUAACAAUUUCUUAGGUUAGUUGUAUGCUACGUAACUUGUGUAAACUUCAAUUGGACAUAUUUUUUAACUGGUUAACUUUUAAAAGCAACUUUUGGGAAGUUCUGUAAAUAAACCUGUUUGUCAAAUUAUAGUUUGAUCCAUGACGAAUAGCAAAUUGAAAAAAAAUAAUCUAAAUCUGUAAAUUGUUCACCGAUUUCAUUCAUAAGUUUAAGUGCAACAAUAUAUACAAUUAUAAUAACAUACUCACAAAUAAAAAAAAUAUUAAGCACA